AAGAAGGGUAUUAAAGCAGGUGCAUUUCUGAUGAUAUGGACUUGCAGCGAUGGCUUUCUACAAAGUGAUCUGUGUGGCAACUCUGCUGACUCUCCUGACACAAGAGUCUCACUCACAACUAAGUGUGUGCGGUAAGCCAACACUCAACACCAAGAUUGUUGGAGGACAGGUGGCCACUCCAGGCAGCUGGCCCUGGCAGGCCAGUCUGCGAACCUCUGGGUCCCACUUCUGUGCAGGAACCCUCAUUAACAAUCAAUGGGUGAUGACUGCUGCUCAGUGCUGCGCAAGAUCAGGCGUAAGCACGAGCACUCUGACUGUGUAUCUGGGUCUCCAGAGUCUAAAGGGAUCAAACCCCAAUCAAGUGUCUCGGACAGUAUCACAGAUCAUCGUUCAUCCCAACUUUAACUCUAGAACUUUUGACAACGACAUCUGCCUCCUGAAGCUCUCCUCUCCGGUGACUUUCACCACCUACAUUCAGCCCGUCUGUCUGGCAGCCACAGGCAGCACCUUCUACAAGGGGACUGUCUCCUGGGCCACCGGCUGGGGCAAUGUUGGAACUGGAGUGUCCCUUCCUUUCCCACAGAACCUAAUGGAGGUGCAGCUGCCGAUUGUUGGAAACAGAGAGUGUACCUGUAACUACGGAGUGAGCUUGAUCACAAACAACAAGAUGUGCACUGGGUUCAGUGCUGGAGGAAAGGACAUCUGUCAGGGGGAUGGAGGAGGUCCGCUGGUGAGCAAGCAGGGCGGUCGCUGGAUCCAGGCGGGAAUCGUGAGUUUUUCCAGUAGUAAGGGCUGUGCCCAGCCUAAAAUUCCAUCAGGCUACACCCGGGUAUCCCAGUAUCAGUCCUGGAUCAACAGCCGGAUCACCAGCAACCAGCCAGGCUUCAUCACCUUUACCUCCGCUGGGACUGACGGUGACCUCAGCAUAAGCUGUCCUACCACCCCACCAACAGCAGCCCAAGUGUGUGGUCAGCCAAAACUCAACACCAGGAUUGUUGGAGGACAGGUGGCCUCUGCAGGCAGCUGGCCCUGGCAGGCCAGUCUGCAAACCUCUACAGGGUUCCACUUCUGUGGAGGAACCCUUAUUAACAAUGACUGGGUGAUGACUGCUGCUCAAUGCUGCUCAAGUUCAGGCGUAAGCACGAGCACUCUGGUUGUGUCUCUGGGUCUCCAGAGUCUACAGGGAUCAAACCCCAAUCAAGUGUCUCGGACAGUAUCACAGAUCAUCAUUCAUCCCAACUUUAACUCUGGAACUUUUGAAAACGACAUCUGCCUCCUGAAGCUCUCCUCACCCGUGACUUUCACCACCUACAUUCAGCCCGUCUGUCUGGCAGCCACAGGCAGCACCUUCUACAAGGGGACUGUCUCCUGGGCCACCGGCUGGGGCAAUGUUGGAUCUGGAGUGUCCCUUCCUUUCCCACAGAACCUAAUGGAGGUGCAGCUGCCGGUUGUAGGAAACAGAGAGUGUACCUGUAACUACGGAGUGAGCUUGAUCACAAACAACAAGAUGUGCACCGGGUUCAGUGCUGGAGGAAAGGACAUCUGUCAGGGGGAUGGAGGAGGUCCGCUGGUGAGCAAGCAGGGCGGUCGCUGGAUCCAGGCGGGAAUCGUGACUUUUACCAGUAGUAAGGGCUGUGCCCAGCCUAAUAUCCCAUCAGGCUACACCCGAGUGUCCCAGUAUCAGUCCUGGAUCAACAGCCAGAUCACCAGCAACCAGCCAGGCUUCAUCACCUUUACCUCCUCUGGGACUGACGGUGACCUCAGCAUAAGCUGUCCUACCAACCCACCACCAGCAGCCCAAGUGUGUGGUCAGCCAACACUCAACACCAAGAUUGUUGGAGGACAGGUGGCCUCUGCAGGCAGCUGGCCCUGGCAGGCCAGUCUGCAAGACACUACAGGGUUCCACUUCUGUGGAGGAACCCUCAUUAACAAUGAAUGGGUGAUGACUGCUGCUCACUGCUGUGACGGAUCCACCACAAGCGAUCUGGUUGUGUCUCUGGGUCGUCAGACUCAACAGGGAUCAAACCCCAACCAAGUGUCUCGUACAGUAUCACAGAUCAUCAGUCAUCCCAACUAUAACUCUAAAACUCUUGUCAACGACAUCUGCCUCCUGAAGCUCUCCUCACCGGUGACUUUCACUUCCUACAUCCUGCCCGUCUGCCUGGCAGCCCCAGGCAGCACCUUCUACAAGGACACUGUAGCCUGGGUCACCGGCUGGGGCAGGAUUGGAUUUGGAGUGGACCUUCCAUCCCCAGGAAACCUAAUGGAGGUGAAGGUGCCGAUUGUGGGGAACAGACAGUGUAACUGUAACUAUGGAGUGGGCUCAAUCACAAGCAACAUGAUCUGCGCUGGCGUAGGAGGGAAGAGCUCCUGUCAGGGGGAUUCAGGAGGUCCGCUGGUGAGCAAGCAGGGCGGUCGCUGGAUCCAGGAGGGAAUCGUGAGUUUUGCAGUACGCUGUGCCGAGCCUAAUUUCCCAACAGCCUACACCAGAGUGUCCCAGUAUCAGUCCUGGAUCAACAGCCAGAUCACCAGCAACCAGCCAGGCUACUACACCUACACGUCCACUGGGAAGGAUGGCGACCUCAGCGUCACCUGUCCUGGCCUGCCACCAGCCUAACGGUGAUCUGGUGGUGAGCAGAGCAGCUCUUCCAGGCAGCAGUGUUAUUAAUUGGAAACAACCAACAACACACCUUCCUGGCUCAGUGAGAGGUAAUGUUCUUAAUUUCAGCCUCCACCAGCAACAACAGCAUCAACACAGCUGCCGGCAAUAUACCAACUACCAGCGGGUGCGCUCCUGUUCACUCCCCCUUCUUCUUCUUCCAAUUCCUCAUCUCUGGAUGGAAACUGCUUUCUUUCAAAAAUGAAGGGUGUAAAAUUAAUAAAUGAAUAAUAAUGAAUUGUUUAAGCAGCACUGAACAAAUGUAGGUAUAUGUAGCCUGGCAUACCAGCGUGUCAUGGUUUUUGAAGGAUCUAGUUGUUACGCAAAGACAAAAUGAUGAUUUGUCAUUUACUCAAAACUUCCCCCUCGAGUAACUCAAAACAGGAUGUUUAUUGAUUACACUGUAGAUAGGAUUAAACUAAUGCUGUCAUGUAAUUUCCUACAGUCAUUUAUAAAUGGAUUGAAAAUAACUUAAAGGAGCAUACUUUAGAGGUCAGAGGAACACAUGUCCAUCAUCUACCUAUUGGAGCUAGUGUACCUUAAUGUACAAUUAUAUCUAAAUUAUAUCUAUAACAUGCAAUAUUUGCUCUAAAAAUUGUUAAACUAAACUUUACAUUGAUAAUAAUUUGGUUUGAAAGAUAAAUGUCAAUUUUUAGUCUAGUCAAGCUUUGCCGUGGCAAACAACUGUCCUGUAGAUGUGAAAGUGCUGAAUAAUUAACCCCUUUGAUUUUAUUUCAUAAUAAUCUGCUCUUUAAUUUAUGGAAAUUCUUUGUGUCGGCUUUGAGCACAUGUAUGAACUCAACUAAUGCAGUGUAAUCCAAAUGUCCUGCAGUAAAUCCUUGUUCAUGAUGGUUAUAAUCUGUUUGUGUUGAAACUGUUUUAGGGGCGUGUUGAUUCAACUCUAUGGUCAUUUUGGAGGCUGCGGUUAGUGUUUUUGCAGCCACACACGUGUAUCAAAAUAAAAACAUUUAACAA